AUGAUGGCAUCAGUCACCUCAAGCAUCUUGGGCCAAGCCCCUAGCUUGGAUGCCACAGAGCCAACAGAAGCCACUGCGAGCAUAGAGCCCGAGAAGAUCAACAGCAUCAACGAGUUCCUGAUUUUCCAGGCUCAGAGCAUUCCGGAUACCCCUCUCAUUGCCUAUCCCAGCUCCAAAUUAGGCGCAUCCGACUUUGUGGAUUAUACCGCAAAACAACUCGAUGACUUUGCAGACAGUGCCGCAAAGGCACUUACCAGCCAAGGGCUAAAGCCCACGAAGCUGCGGAGCAGCAAGGCUGAGGUCGUCGGUAUUUUGGGGCCGUCGAACCUUGACUACAUCGUCAAUCUCCUCGCCCUCUCACGAAUGGGUUUCUCGGUUAUGUUCCUCUCUACCCGUCUACCAUCUGAGGCCUACAUCUCGUUGCUUGAGAAGACCGAGUGCACUCGAAUUAUCGUAGCACCAAAUCUCGAGCUUGUUGCUCAGAGUAUCCAAGAAUCUUACCCAGUUCAGAGCUUUUCGUUGAUCUCUCAAUCGGUCUGGUCUCACAACGCAUCAUAUUCAACACGGUUCAAGCGCCAGACAGAGUUGAUUGACGAAGAAAAUACUGUUUCGUUUAUUGUGCAUUCGUCCGGAAGCACCGGCCUACCAAAACCGAUCUACCAGACUCACAGACAAUGCCUCAGCAACUACGCCACAGGCAGUGGGAUGCGCGCUUUUGUGACGCUUCCCCUUUUCCAUAACCAUGGACUGUCAACUAUGUUCCGUGGCAUGGUCACUGGAAAACGUACCGCGGUGUACAACGCCAACUUGCCUUUAACAAAUGGACACCUCGUUGCAGCCAUGAACGCUGCCAACUUUGAGAGCUUCCACUGCGUGCCUUACGCCCUCAAAGUAUUGGCCGAGACACCAGAAGGUAUCGCAGAGCUGGCAAAGGCCAAACUGGUCCUCUUUGGUGGAAGCAGUUGUCCAGAUGACUUGGGAGACCUUCUGGUGCAAAACGGUGUGAACAUCGUAUCCCACUAUGGCGCCACCGAAAUGGGUCAGCUUAUGACGUCUCUUAGAGACCCCGACACAGAUAAAGCAUGGAAUUAUGUUCGUCCGUUGAUCAAGACGAAGCCAUACCUCCUAUUUGAUGAGGUCACCACCGACAUUUUCGAGCUUGUGGUUCUGGAUGGCCUUCCAACCAAGACUACCUCCAACUCAGAUGAUCCACCCAACUCAUUCCGCACCCGAGAUACCUUUAUCAAGCACUCAACCAUUCCUGAUGCGUGGAAAUACCUGGGUCGCCUGGAUGACCGUGUCACGCUAUUCAAUGGUGAAAAGGUCUUACCUGUACCGUACGAGCAUCGCAUUCGCCAGAGUGAGCUCGUGCAAGAGUGUCUCGUCUUUGGUGUUGGCAAAGCAUUCCCAGGACUCCUUAUCAUCCCCGGCGACCAUGCCGUUGGCAAGACAACUCCGGAGCUUCUCGAUAUCCUCUGGCCGACAAUCCAAGAUGCCAACGAAAGAGCCGAGCAGUUUGGUCGCAUCUCUCGUGAGAUGGUCGAGAUACUGCCGAUCGGCACUGAGUAUCCUCGCACGGAUAAGGGGACUGUCAUCCGCGCCGCCUGCUACAGGCAUUUCGAAACCAUCAUUGAGGAGACGUAUCAGAAGUUUGAGUCUCCUGGUAACGCUGACCGCCUGGCGCUAGAGAUGCCUGAGCUCAAAGAAUACCUGCUGAAAUUACUUGCCGAGCGCGUUGGCGUUGCAAAUCUCACCGACGAGAUGGAUUUCUUCGCCGCUGGCCUCGACAGCUUGCAAGCCAUCACAACCCGUGCCUACAUCGUCCGCGAGCUCGAUCUAGGCGGCAAGAUUCCCGGCCAAAACGUCGUCUUCGAGCAUCCCAGCGUUUUACAGUUAACGGCCCAUCUCUACUCACUUAGAAAGGGAUCAACGGUCCAAGAAAAGACCGAGACGGAGAUUAUGCAAGACCUCGUCUCCAAGUAUUCUUUGUUUGAGCCAUUCAAGCGUGGUGAGCAAGUUCCUGAUGGUGAGGUUGUUCUUCUCACCGGCGCGACCGGAUCACUCGGCGCUCAUAUUCUGUCUCAACUGAUUGCUCUCCCACGAGUGCGCCAUGUGUAUUGCCUCGUUCGUGCCUCCUCGCCUUCAGCUGCUCAGGAGCGUGUACUUGAUUCGCUAAAGUCCCGCGGCCUUACUCCCCACCACAGCGCAGCACAUGAGCGUAUUAUCUCGUCUCUAACAGCGGGCGGUUUGUCUUCAUAUCAUCACUCUGCAAAGUUCACGGCCCUCCCUGCCGACCUCAGUCUCCCUGAUCUCGGCCUCGGUAAGGAUGCUUAUGAUGCGAUCCGUUCUACCCUAACAUCUGUGAUUCACUCUGCAUGGGCUGUCAACUUUACUCUCACAGUCAGGAGUUUUGAGGGCCAGCAUAUUGCUGGUCUCCGAAACCUCCUGGAUCUCUGUUUGUCUGUUCCUUUCAGUCGCCCAGCUCGCCUUUCCUUCAUCUCUUCCAUUUCUGCAGCUGCAGGGACUCCGUCACCAGGUCGAGUCCUCGAGACUCUAGUCAAAGAUCCUGCGCAUGCUCAGAAUAUGGGUUAUGCUCGCAGCAAGUGGGUGGCAGAACAUAUCGUCAAUUCUGCUGCAGUGGCAACAGGAAUAGAAGCACGCGUGCUGCGUUCCGGACAAAUUAUCGGAGAUUCUGCCAUGGGCUUAUGGAACCCAACAGAAGCGAUUCCACUGAUGUUCCGCGCGGCCACUACGCUUGGCGCCCUUCCUGCUCUAGAUGAGAAGCCCUCGUGGCUUCCAGUUGACAAAUCCGCCCAAGCUGUUCUCGAGCUCAGCGGGUUGGCUGGUUCUGGAGAUCAAACAGCGGGAUAUUUCCAGAUACGAGACGACUCAGACGUCGUUUACCAUUUACAGAAUCCUGUAACAGUCCGCUGGACGGAAGAUGUUCUUCCAGAAUUGGAGGCUGCUGGGCUCCAAUUUGAGAUUGUUCCACAGCGGGAAUGGGUGCAGCGGCUGCGAGACGGCGAGCAAGACCCAAUACUAAACCCAACUGUUAAGUUGCUUGACUUUUUUACCGAGAAAUACGAUAACGACAAGCCAGGCCGGGGAGGUUUGGUGUUUGAGACGAGUGAAACCGAGAAGAGAAGUAGCGCGAUUCAAGAUGGAUACGAUGUAGUUACUAGUGGGCUGCUUGCAAAGUGCGUAGCGAGCUGGAAGAAGCAUUGGGUCUAA